AUGGAAGCUGCUAAGGUUCGAAUUCAAACCCAACCAGGUUAUGCUAACACUCUGAGGGAUGCAGCUCCCAAAAUGUAUAAGGAAGAAGGCUUAAAGGCGUUCUACAAGGAGGUUGCUCCUCUUUGGAUGAGACAGAUACCAUACACCAUAAUGAAGUUUGCCUGCUUUGAACGUACUAUUGACAAGUUUGUGGUUCCCAAGCCCCGAAGUGAAUGUUCAAAGCCAGAGCAGCUGGUUGUCACAUUUGUGGCAGGUUACACAGCUGGAGUCUUCUGUGCCAUUGUUUCCCACCCUGCCAAUUACGUGGUGUCUGUGUUGAAUAAAGAGAAGGGUAGCAGUGCCUCUCAGGUCCUCAAGAGACUUGGAUUUAAAGGUGUAUGGAAGGGACUCUUUGCCCGCAUCAUCAUGAUCGGCACUCUGACUGCACUACAGUGGUUUAUCUAUGAUUCUGUGAAGGUCUACUUCAGGCUCCCUCACCCUCCUCCCCCUGAGAUGCCAGAGUCUCUGAAGAAGAAGCUUGGGUACACUCAGUAGAUAAAUGAAAGCAAAUAUGGAGUGAAUCUGUGUGUUGAUCAGUGUUUGAGAAAAAUGCAACUGGAUGAGAGA